CUCGGCAGUAUCAGCUGCAGAGCACUGGAGAGAACGGACUUUCACAGACUUUCACAGACUUUCUUUGGUUUAACAAAAUGACUACAAUGACUUACAUCCUCGUGUAUGUAAUAGCAAUACUACUGUCCAGGGUCUAUACACUAGAAAAUGUGCACAAAAAUAUUGCGUGCCGUGAAAUUAAAACACAAGAUGGCUUCGAAUUCCUGCUCGAGUGUCCUCCUGGAAAUGAGAUUGCUGUGCAUCGAGAUAAGAUAAAGAUUGCUAUUGUUGAGCCUUCAGGCAGAAAAGACCAUUUGCCUGAAGUGAUGAGCAUCGAUGACAACUCUAUCGUCACAAAAGAAUGCAGUAACAUUCGAAUAAAUUGCUUGAUUGAUGGUGAGCCUGUGAGGGAGUCCUGGUUGUAUUAUGAAACAGACAAAAAAAGGCCCAAAAGAUGGAGUCCGACCUCUGAGGACAGAAACAUUUCCUGCCCUGACAUCAAAACACCACGUGGCUUCGAAUUCCCCCUCGAGUGCCCUGUCGGAUCUGAGAUUACUGUGCAUUCUAAUGAGACGACAAUUGCCACUGUCAUGCCCGGCAAAAAUCCAAACCACUCUUCUGAAGUGGAGAGCAUCAAAGACAGCAUCAUCAUAAUGAAAGAAUGCAAAGACAUUCAAAUAUGUUGCUUCAGUCAGAGUGACCAGAAUAUGAAUGAGUCCUGGUUGAAUUAUAAAACAGACAAUAGAGAAUCUAAAGGCGAAGGAUGGAAGGGUAGUGAUCCUGGUUUCCCAAAAGCCUGGACCAUCGGCUUGGCUGGCGUGAUUAUACUCGGGAGCAUUGUUGGGGUGCUGUUUCUGUACAAGUAUACUUCAUGGAAAAGGAAAAUCACCGAGGAGCAACAAGGAGCAGCUACUGUUUCUGGCUUUAUUAGACACUUAAGUGUUUCCAUUGGUUUCCGGAGCAAAGAAACUGGGUCAGUCGUACUUACAUUUCAACCACACUUCAACAUAAAUGCAGUCAUACAGUUGCAGUUAGCACCCACUGUUGUUGUUAACUACUUGUACUACUGUUACUUUUACAAGAGGUAAAGGA